CCGUCCUUCCGCGGAUACCAGCAACUCAACAAACACACGCACACCGCCCAAGAUGGAGCAAACGGCGCCAGCAGAGCCAGACCCAAUGGCUCUGAGCGCAGUCAUGAGUGAUGGCAUCCAGGGAAAGCGCAGGAGGAAUGCCUCACAGGAGGGCGGCGUAGAUGCUUUCCAGGCGGUAUCAUCCAGUUCCGCACCAGAGCUCGAAGAGGACCAAGGUGGACCCAAGAAGAGGAUAGCGAUCGAGGCUCCCCGGAGUACUUUUGCCGAAAGCAUCAGCACCCUCGAAUCGGGGGGUUCCAAGACUUCCCUGAGCGGCACUUUGCCCUCUUCCGACAUCGGCAUGGCCUCGAGCUCGGGCGAGUCGAUGCAGCCUCUUGCUGCAAUGAACGGUAUGUCUGUCUCAGCAGCGAUACCAUCUGCAUCAUCCCUUCCAGUGGAUGCAAUACUCGGCACUCCCUCUGGGCUCACCACGCCCUCGCCCAAGGAGGAGAUGUUUGAAGAAGAAGCGGAAGAAAUCUUCGAGUCGCCCUCCCUCGUGCCCCGAAUCGGCGGAUGGAUUGUACCACGCCCUUCUGCGAAUGCACAGGAGCCUAGAUUGCUCGUGCCCGCUGGCGCACCUGAAGACCCAGACGACCGGCCUCUCCUCAGCCACGGAGGAUCUACCUCAGCCGGCUCCUCCAGCUUCCGUGAUCGGCCCUGGAUCGAAGAAGUCCGAGCUAGGGAAGCAGCUGAGGAGCUAGAAAGGAUUGAAAAGGAGAAGGCGGCAGUUGAAGCUAAGAGCCGCAUCGUAGAGCCCUCGCCAGUGCCAGUGCCUCCUUGCAAUCUCACGUACCCGCCUUGGGCAGGUCUCACCAUGGUCGAGGCUCGCACGCGCAUAGUAGAAGCAUUGCAAGAUCGGUCGAGCACUAUUCCUUCAUUCCUCAAGACAGAACUGGAGCACUUCGUGUCAUUAGCAUCAGCUCCACUGCCGAAGAAGAUACCCCGCCGGCCGCUACCACCUCUUGAAGCCUUGCCUAAGCUCAACCAAAGGCCUCUGUGGGCUGUCCAACUUGUGGAGAGCGCCGAUGACGAGUCCAAUUCAUCGAACCCGGUAUCACUCCUGCUCGUGUGCUCUAUUUCCACCCGAACGUUCGACGUCGUCGCCGUUCCUCCCAUGCUGGCAGCUCGAAUGCAUGCUGGGGAGGCCAUGAGCCCCUGGUGGUACGAGCAAGAGGAUGGCAAGGGGAAGCGUAAGCGACUGGACGACGGCAGCUUCAAGCAAGACAAGUCCCCGCAACAAGAGGAGAAAGCGACGAAGGAAGGAGAGGGAAUUCCACUCACUCCAUCGAUGCCGGAAAGCGAGGCUGUACAGCUUCUGCAGACCUCACUGACCUCGAUGACUGGAGAGCGUGACCAGCUUCGAAAAGCCAACAAGCGGCUGGAGGAUCGUAUAUCCGCCGAGCAGUCUACUGUCGAGGCUCUCACCGAGCAAGUCGCCCUUGCACGAUCGCUAUACAACCAAGCAUCUACCGCUGCACGAGAGGCCGUGUCCGAAGCCACUGCCUCAGAGGAGCAAAUCGAAAAGCUGACCAGGCAGCUUCGAGAUGGUCUCGCAGCCCAAGCAGAACGCUACCGUCUCGGAAGGGAGCAGUGGCUCGAGGAAGAGCGUCAGCUGCGCGACCAAGUCCGUCUUCUCAAGGGCAGUGCCGAACUGGAACAAAAGGGAGAAUUGCGCAAACGCGUCAAUGAUUGGCAUGCAUGGAAUUUGGGUCAAGAAGAGCGGGAGAGGCUACGUAAGCAGCGAGAGGAGCGGGCUAGAAGAGAGUGGGAGGAGGAGCAAGCUGCUGAGCUCGCUGCUCUGCGAGAGGAGGAAGAAGAGGAGCAAGCAAGACAGAGUGAGCUCGCUGCGCUCGGCAGAGAGGCUGAAUCAGACUCUGAGCUGGCCCAACAAGGGACCUAUGCGACUUCUGGACCUUUUGCCUUCGACUUCCCUCCCGAAGGAGCUUCCUCCUCCUCCUCGCCGCCCGGGGGACUAGGAGAUCUGAACGGUCAAGCGGCUGCCACUUCGGCUAUGAUGGCCUUGCAGCACCAGGAAGCCUCACGCCUACUACGUCAAGCCCGACAGCAAGAGCAAGCCCAAGCCCAAGAGCAGGGAGAGCAGGAUAGCGACGAACGGAUGAGUCUCAUGGGAGUAGAUGGCCACGGCGACUCUUUCGGAUCUAGACAUGGCUUGGGGUCGAGUCGACGCAGCUCUAGUCCCAUGGGCAGACUUGUAGUAGAGAGGCGCGACCGUCCUGCGCCAGACGAAGAUGAGCUAGCCCGACUGGCACUCAUGGUCCAUCCUCCUUCCACGGCGGGCAUCGGAGGUGCUGCUCAAGGCUCCACGGGAGGUUCUGCUGCCCUAGACAAUAGCAGUCUUCGUCUUGCCGAGGAGUUUGAGAUGUUCGAGGAUCGGGAGAAUAGGCAAGGGAUGCUCCACCUGGCAGACCAUUCCAGCGAUGCGGACUUUUUACGCCAGUCGGGAGCUGGACUUUUUGAUGCAGAGCCAGAAGUAGGGGCGACGGAGCCGCAAGGAGCGCAAGUGAAUGGCUUUGUAGAGGGGGAGGAGAAGGGGGAGCAGGAGGGAGUAAAGGUCGAUGGUCAGCUCGGAGGAGCAGAGGGAGCCAUAGAGGUAGACGUCGAUGACUACCUUGUCAGUAGUGCUGGAGACCAAGGCAUCAACGGCACCUUGUAAGAGUUCCUCUCAUUUCAAGAGCAAUAGAGCGAUACCCUACGCGACCACGCGACCGC